CUCAAAAACGUCACGCGGAUUCUGUUAUAAAGUCCACCACAAUAGAUCGCCGGGGCAUUUGUUUCCAUAUAGAUGCUUGGCAGCAGCUUUGGAGAGAAAGAAAGGCACGCAAGAGGAGACAGAUCGGAAAGAUGUUUUACUCAGGGCUCCUAACAGACAGAAAGGAUGUGGACCUGAGGGAAGCUGCAUCUCUCCGACAACAGAGGAGAAUGAAGCAGGCAGUGCAGUUUAACCACAAGGACUCGGCUGACCUGCUACCAUUAGAUGGGCUGAAAAAGCUGGGGACUUCAAAAGACACCCAACCACACAACAUCCUCCAGAGACGGUUGAUGGAGACAAACAUGUCCAGGUUGCGCCACAACCGGGGCAGCUGCUCUCAGAAGAACGAACUCUCACUCCAGACAAAUAAACUGAAUCAAAUGAAACUGGAUGGCCCAAAGAAAACAGAGCAAGAAGACCUCAUCCUGGUGUGUUGCCAGUGCGCUGGGAAGGAACUGGAAGUUGUGGUUGAUACUGGAUGUCAGAGCAAUAUCAUAUCAUCUGCAUGUGUCGAGCGACUAGGAUUAAAGGAGCACAUGAAACCCUAUAAGCCCGAAGGUGAGAAGAUUUCAUUGCCACACAGUAUGAAAGUGAUUGGCCACAUAGAACACCUGGUUCUUACCAUGGGGACUAUUCACGUGGACUGUUCAGCAAUUGUGGCAGAAGAUAAUGAUAAAAACUUCUCCCUGGGGUUACAGACACUGAAAUCUUUGAAGUGUGUGAUAAACCUUGAAAAGUAUCACUUGAUCUUGGGGAAGACAGACAGGGUAGAAAUUCCUUUUGUCAUUAAUGCCUCUGCACACGAAGAGAACACUUCUGAGGCCUGAAGAGAAUGCACUGCUGGCUUCAGAGAAUAAAGCUUUGUGGUUGAAAGGAGAGUCGGCAAUACUGAUAACCCCACCUUGCUAGACUGUAGCUAGCUUGUAGCUAAAUGAAGGAAGGAGUCUAGGGCAACUUCAGGCAUUCACUCACCAUGCCAAGAGUGUGGACAGUGGACUUCUAAAAGCACAUCUGAGUCCACUCUUAAAAAUGAUGUCCUCUUUAUGGUCAUCUAAAUAUGAAAAUGUUUCUUUUACAUCUUUUUUGUUAUGAAUGGAUUAUUGAAAUGAAUUGCCUCUUGUGAGACUGAAAAAGACAAUUUUUAUAACUUUUGAACUAAUUGUAUUUAGCUGCAAUGAGAGGCUGUGAGAAUCAGAUUUUUAGAAUUAUUUUUAAACAGAGAAUGAUUAAUAAUUGGACAUGAUUGGGUUCAAACCAGAGCUUAUUUACAAUUAAAUAAGUUCAUCCAAAUGCUCACGUAAGUUGAAGAGAAUAUAUUUUUUUCAAGGGUACUGAAGGUGGUAUGAUGGAACUAUUGUUGCUUGUAUUAUUAGAUAUUUUCCAAAUUUCAAUAUCUCAGAAAAUGUUGUUCUUAAUUUCUCAUUAUGAAAUACUGAUAUCAACAGUAAGAAGGUGGAGCACAAUUUAAAUCUAUAUAAUACUCAGCUUUUCAUAAUAGCAUAAGUAACUGGAUUUCCAAAUUUUAAACAAAUUAUCUAGAACCACAGUGUAGCAUACAUAAGAAUUUUAAUCUCUACUUGUUCCGCAUUAAUAUUUUAGUUUAUUUUCUUCAAAUUUUGUUGCAUAAUUUUCUCAGUUGUGAUUGUUUUAAAUUGUAUCUGUGAGCCUUUUAUUAGCCCAUAACUUCUGGCAAAAAUAUAUUAUCAGUAGACAUGGACAGACCUCUAAAUAGUUACCAACAUUUUGGCAUAAUAAUUUUCAUCACUCCUUAAGGCUGGUUAUGAGAUAAUUUUGGGAAAAAAACAUUUCAUUCUUGGUUUAAAUAUGUAUUCAUCAUCUUAAUGCCCAGAUACUUGUUGCCUUUGUAUCUCCAAGGCAUUCUACAAUAUAUAUAUUACUAGAAUUUCAGGUGUAUUUACCUUUAUCUUGUAAGCAGCAAACUCACCAAAUAAUCUAAAAACAUUGAGUUCUGGACGGACUGAUUCUUCAGCAUGGUUAUUGUUUUAUAGUAUAAAACCAGAUUGAGAAAUGAGAGAAUGAGUGUACUGUAUAUAAAAAUACACUGUGGGAAACAAUGUUGCUAUGGCAGCCCCUUCCAUUUUCUCUAAAAAAAAUGAAUAUCCGUGUCCUGUCAUACUCCCUUUGGGGUCAUUCUCACUAAUGGCAUGACUGCUUGAUUCCCAAGAAGAGCAAUUAUCACUCAAUAUUAUCCACCGAACAGGGAAUUUUAACACUUACCACCAGAGACAAUAUUACAGUAAUGAUAUAUAUUCAAGCAGGCUCUCCACUGUUCUAAACAUCAUAUGAUAAGCCACAGGGAAAGACAGAACCACUUCCUCCUUGCUCCUGGGACAGCACCUUGUUUCUUUUAUUCCCUUAGAGCAGGGCAGUCCAACACAUGGCCCAGGGGCCGUAUGUGACCCUUGAGGCCUUUUUUGGUGGCUCUCAGCAAUAUUUGAUGACCUGCCUCAGCCAUUGCGCUGCCCUUGCAAAGCUGGCUAAGCAAGGCACUGAGCUUGGGGAGAGAGGCAUGAAGACUCCCCCAGCCUCCUUCCCAAAGCCUAGAGCUAGGAGGGCUCUAGGUAUCUUUCAGAGCCUCAUGGUGCCUCCCCAAAGUCCACCUCACUUAGCCAGCUUUGGGAAAGCAGUGUGAGGGCUGGGGGAGCCUCAGAUUUUGGCCAGGCUCCCCCUCCCUGCACAUGCGUGACAAGGCAGUGUGCAGCCCAUGGGCUCCAUGUUGAAUCACUCUUGCAGCCCACUUGGAAUGAAAAGUUGGACUACUCGGCCACAGAGUCUCAUAAGUCAAUAAUGCUGUAUGCUAUGACACACUCUUCAGCGAACUAUCUGGUUUUCUCCAUUAGGCUGAUAAUGCCACAGACAAUUCCUGUCCUAUAACUUCUUGGCACUGCUUUCUAUAAUGGUCUUGAGCUUUUUGCUACCAGCAAUAGGUAUUCUUCAAUUGGUUCUGGGUGAUACGUUUAGUUGUGCAAAUUUACUCAAAAAUAAGUGUGUUGUGGCCGCAGUGUGGAUUAACAACAUGUGUAGCACAUAAUUGUCUGAUUGUUUCAACAUGCAGUUCAACUUGCACUAGCAGCUACGUUACAAAUGUGUUGAGCUGCAAACUGAAGUGUGCUCAAGCAAUCGUAAAACUUAUAUAGUAUGUGCUCAAGUCUGCAUAUAUCUGCUUAACCCAUAUUCACAACAGGCUAGGGUGGUCAUACUUGUGUACCAAUCCAUAUAAACAAAAAUAGCAAGCAAUAUAUACAGGAAAAUGAUCUUACACACAUGCACUCUCUUCCUUCCUGAGAACAUGGGGAGCUGUUUUGUAAAUAGACACCCCUCUCCCUUGCUCCUUGUUCAAGCUAUUUUCUCUAAGCUUCUGUCCAUAGUACACCUCAAGCCACCAUACCAAGCUCCCAUAUAUGGAGCUGUAUGGUUAGCUAUACGACUAUAUGAUUAGCAUCACAGAUGUGCUUCUAAUUACACCAGUUAAUUAAAUGCUUUGCAGGAAAGAAGCUUUGGUAGACUUGGGUGUGGGUGGGUGUUGUCAAACCAACAGGAUGCAAUACACACUUUAGACACAACAGAUCCCUUUUAAAACUUAUCUAGUAGACUUUGUACUGAGUAUGCACUUACAUUUUGAAGAACCCUAAUUAAAUUCAAUGGAAAUAAGUACUGGCAUUGAAUAAAAAGGGGUAGAGAACCAACGCUUUUAGGCUAGCGUUAGUUUUCAAUAUUUGAUCUGGUUUGGUCAUUCUGGCAGUGACCACAAAGAAUAUGCAAUGGCUACAACAUCUUUAGCACUCCCAAACUAGUAUAUAUAUUUUAAUAAUUUGUGGUUUGGCUUUUUGCAAUGGGUUUGAUAACAUCCAUGUACAGCGCUGGUGUUGCUCACAGAUUUGAAGUAUAAGUGUUUGGAUAUAUUUUUAUCUUUCUGUGCAUCAUUGCCCUCAAUACUUAUAUAUCUAUAUUUACAAAACAAAACUUUUAUGUGUUUGCGAGGUGAACUGCACUGUGUGUAUACCUGCCAACAUGUAGUUGAAAAAUAAAAUAUAUUUGUCUAUGCUACUUAUGUGGCAUUUGGCUACUUUAGUGUUUAUUACUGUGAUGAUUAUGAAAAUAAAUAAAAUGUAAAACUUC